CUUCAAAAAAUGUCCAUACAACAAUAGCUUUAAUCUAACAAUGAAAAAUAAACUUUUUAAAAACAGAAAUGUUUAAAAUAUAUAAACACGUAUAAAUCAUUCUAUAUCCAUGCAUAUAAUUACAACAGUCUAUCUUAAAUAGACAAGUUAGAAAAAAUUAGUUAACUACAUCAACUAAAUAAUAAAACAAUCUACAUCCAAAAUUAUUUUUAAAAAAUUCUAAAUGGUGAGUUUCAAAUUAUCGAUUGGCAUUUGUGUUAUUAAUCGAUCAUAGUCCUCAAUCGAAGAACGGCUGAAAUAGAAUCGUAAUCGUAUAUCGCUCUCCUGUUCUCUAAUCUGUUCGUCGACUCUCUGACUGUACUUCGGUUUAGGCCAUCCGUUUUCGGACGCAAUGUCUCAUCGUAAAUUUAGUGCACCUCGUCAUGGGUCGAUGGGAUUCUACCCAAAGAAGAGGUCUUCUCGACAUAGAGGAAAGGUUAAGGCUUUCCCUAAGGAUGACCCUUCUAAGCCGGUUCACUUAACCGCUUUCAUCGGUUACAAAGCCGGUAUGACUCACGUUGUGAGGGAAGCUGAUCGGCCUGGUUCAAAGAUAAAUAAAAAGGAAAUUGUGGAGGGUGUAACGAUCCUUGAGACUCCACCGAUGAUGGUCGUUGGAGCAGUUGGCUAUAUCGAAACUCCCAACGGUCUCAGAGGCCUUGUCACUGUCUGGGCUGAACACAUUGGUGAAGAAUGCAAAAGGAGAUUUUACAAGAACUGGUACAAAUCCAAGAAAGCCGCUUUUACCAAAGCUAGCAAGAAAUGGUCUGAUCCUCUAGGAAAGAAGCAGAUUGAAAAGGACUUUGCAAAAAUGGUCAAGUACUGCAAAGUAAUAAGAGUCAUUGCACAUACUCAGAUGAAACUGAUGAAACAGCGACAAAAGAAAGCUCACAUCAUGGAAAUCCAAUUGAAUGGAGGAACAGUUACAGACAAAGUCCAGUGGGUGAAAGACCAUUUGGAAAAGCCAGUCCGGGUUUCUAAUGUGUUCGCCUCUGAUGAAAUGAUCGACUGCAUUGGAGUCACCAAAGGAAAAGGAUUUAAAGGUGUUACAUCUCGUUGGCACACAAAGAAACUGCCUAGGAAAACACACAAAGGUCUUAGGAAGGUAGCUUGUAUCGGAGCAUGGCAUCCCAGUAGAGUGCAGUUCACCGUCGCCAGAGCUGGUCAGAAAGGUUAUCACCACAGAACUGAAAUUAACAAGAAGAUCUAUAGGAUCGGUGAAGGAUUUCACACAAAAGAUGGAAAAGUCAUUAAGAAUAAUGCUUCAACUGAGUAUGAUCUUUCCGAUAAAUCGAUCACACCAAUGGGAGGCUUCCCUCACUAUGGUGAGGUGAACAACGAUUUUGUUAUGAUCAAGGGAUGCUGUAUGGGUCCAAAGAAAAGGGUCAUUACUCUAAGAAAGUCUCUACUUGUCCACACCAAGAGGGUCGCCUUGGAGAAGAUCAACCUGAAAUUUAUUGAUACGUCGUCCAAGUUCGGUCAUGGAAGGUUCCAAACUCCGGCCGACAAGACUGCUUUCAUGGGAACACUCAAGAAAGAUCGUAUCAAAGAAGAGGCUGCUACAGCAUAACUGUAGUAAUAGGAUUAUAAUUUUUUAUUACUGUUGUAUGCAUCAGCUUUUAAUAAACUGACUUGUAACAGAA